AUGGCUUUUUCCAAUGACCAGUAUGAGUGGUGCGAGACGGAGCCCAUGGUGUGGACUAGGAGCGUAGACGAAGUCGAGCUCUUCUACGCCGCCUUGGCCGAGCAGUGGCGCGGGACGGGCCGCAUGUUCUUCGCCAUGACCGGCCACAUCUCCAUCACCGUGGACGCCCCGGUCGACUGGUGCUCCGACAUGGAGUCCGCCGUCGACAUUGCCCUGCAGCACGCGUGGCUCGCCCUCCGCUUCGACCAUCCCACCAUUGGCGCCCGUGUGGUGCGGGACAGCAGACUAGGCGGCGGCUUCACCAAAACCUACCACACACUCAUCGACGCCAUCGACCAGAGAGCGUGGCUGGACCAAACGCUCGUCAAGAUCUCCACCGGGCAAACGGGUGCCGAGUGGGCAAACUCGGACCCUCCCGCCCCGGUCUACCCCACACUCUUCGUUGUGUCGCCGCCCGCCGUCGCCCCGUCGCCGGGGUCCGCGCGCAAACGUAUCCGGCGGGACCUCGUCAUCCGGUCGCCCCACGACAUCAUGGACGGCAUCGGCACCCUCAUGCUGCUGAACAACCUCCCCCCGUACCGCAUCGCCGCGGGCGUGCCGCCGACCCCGACCACGGCACAGACGGCGCGUCUGCAGGCCCUGGCGGAAGAGAAGAGGAGCGCGGCUCUCGGGGUCGAGCUCCUCACCGUGCCCCUGAGCAGCACCGAGGUGGUGCCGGGAAAACAUCAGCGCGUCGCCAUCACCCUCCCGGUGCAGGAGACGGCGAGGAUCCUGGCCAAGGGCCGGGAGCUGGGGGCGACUGUCACGCACAUCUUCCACGCCGCUAUACCCAUGGCGAUGCGAGAUAUUCAGGAUCCCGCGGCGGAGGCGCGGCGGGUGCGGUACGUCAACUAUAUCCUGCGCAACGAGCGGCCGAGCUGCGUGUACCCGUAUAGCACGGAUCUACACCCUGCUAGCGUUUAUCACUCGGUGUCUGGGGGCAGUCUCAUGGUCGACCUUACGGUGCCGAGGGCGGACAGCGCUGGAUCGUCAGCGGAUGAGCAAGUGGAGGAGUACGGGAGGAUCGUGAGCAAGAUGAAGGACUUUUACUUUGGCGUCAAGACGGACGCGGAGCACGCCCACAUCGCCCCCUCAUCUGGGCUGGGGCCGAUCGAUCCCAUCAUCGUGCCGUCCAAGGGCCCGUUCGAGAUGCACGACCCUUGGGUGACGGGCGAGGAGCUGGGGACCGGGCUCGGCGUGUUCUUGGGCACGUAUAGAGAUCGCUUGACGCUGAGCGCGGCUUACAACGACGCGUUCCACGACGAAGCCAAGGUGCAAGAUUUCUUGGAAAGGUGCAAGGACAUUGUCUAUCGGGGGUUGGGAAUCUAG